CGUUAUUAAAUUUUUCUCACAUUUAAUCGUACAAAUUGACACUAAACAGUUUGUUUUGUCCGCAGGUGUAUUAUCGUUCGAAGCAUUCCGCGAUGAAGUAGCCAAAUAGCGGUCGGUUAAUAGUAAAUAUGGCAGCCGGUGUUUCAAAUAACACGACCAGCGAGGACAUCAUCAACGAUAAUACUGUGCAAGUGGCGUUUUUCAUGGUGUACACGACGAUAUUCGUCAUGGGGAUAUUCGGCAACGUGCUGGUUUGUUAUGUGGUGUUCCGGAACAAAGCCAUGCAGACUGUGACGAAUUUGUUUAUAACGAAUCUAGCCUUAUCGGAUAUAUUGUUGUGCGUUCUAGCUGUACCGUUCACGCCCCUGUACACGUUCCUUGGAGAAUGGGUGUUCGGCAGGUUGAUUUGCCACCUGGUCUCCUACGCCCAAGGCAUUAGUGUUUAUAUAUCAACGCUUACUCUAACGUCAAUUGCCAUAGAUAGAUAUUUUGUUAUAAUAUAUCCGUUUCAUCCACGCAUGAAACUAUCCACCUGCAUCAUAAUCAUAGUUAUAAUUUGGAUAUUCUCGAUGCUGGUUACGCUACCGUACGGGGUGUACGUGAAGCUCAUACCAUCCGAACCCAACCCCGACAAGUACUUUUGUGAUGAAAACUGGCCUAGCGAGGACUGGAGGAGAACGUUCGGCGGCAUCACGACGGCCAUGCAAUUUCUCAUACCGUUUCUGAUAAUGGCUUUCUGCUACAUAUGCGUUUCCAUAAAACUAAACGACAGAGCCAGAUCCAAACCCGGAUCGAAGAACUCCCGAAAAGAAGAAGCCGACAGAGAGCGCAAGAGAAGAACCAACCGAAUGUUGAUAGCCAUGGUGGCGGUUUUCCUGGUAUCCUGGCUACCGUUGAACGCGUUCAACAUCAUCAACGACUUCAACCAGCAGAUGGAAAAGUGGGGCUUCUACUAUCUCAUAUUCUUCAUGGCGCACGCCAUCGCCAUGUCGUCGACCUGCUACAACCCGUUCCUCUACGCCUGGCUCAACGAAAACUUCCGCAAGGAGUUCAAGCAGGUGCUGCCCUGCUUCGACGGCGCGUCCAGGCGCCCGCCGGCCUGCAGGUUCGAGAACUGGCGAUCGGAGCGCACCUGCAACGGUAAUAACGAAACGCAACAGGAGUCCCUGUUGCCCUCUUCCGGCGUUCACAGGGCGCUCUCGUUCAGGGAGCGCAAACCCACACCGCCGCCGCUUAAGACGGAUAGCGUUGAAAUGGAGAACAUCAUGGUGCCCUCGGUGGGGGCGGUGUACGAUUCUUCUUCCGAUAUCGUCAGGCUGAAGCUGAUUACCGAGGAGGAGCCGCCGCCUUACGAAGCUCCCCGGGUGAAACCCGAAGAGUGAAUGUUGUAGGUACUUUGUUUAGAAAGUAGACGUACAUACCUAAACCAGAUCAAUUUUGAAACAUUCUUCGGCAAGCAGCAGGACAAGAAGCGUUUCAUAUAGUCAAUAUAUGAAUAAAUGUUUUUUAGUGCCAAUUUGUAGCAUAGAUUAAAAGUAUAUAAAUACAUAUAUCUAUAAGAAUUAUUGUACAAAAAGAAGUAAAUAUAAUGAUUACACAAACAAUAUUGUUUUAUUCCCAUUCGAGUUAAGUAAGAA